AUGGCCGCCAUGCCCAACGCGCCUGCCACUUUCAAGCAGAAGCUCGCCGUCGCCUCACUAUGUAUUUUUGUGGCUAGUCUGCCCGAUCAUGUCGCUUUGGGUGCCCCUCUACCUGCUAACUACCAAUAUCUGGCCGCUAGUCCUGGCCUAUUUUGGCUGGAUGUUCCUCGACUACUCGACGCCCCGGAAGGGAGGAAGAAAUGGUAUCAGCGCCUUUCUCUAUGGCAGCAUUUCCGCGACUACUUUCCGUUGCGGAUGGUGAAGACAGCUGAUCUGCCGGCGAUAGGAAUUAUAUUCUCGGGUCUCACCCGCACGGCGUUC